GAAGAGGAGAGAGAGAGAGAGAGAAGUAUGUUUCAGACUGCUGAAGAGGAAGUGUUUUCACCGCUUAGCAUAACCUGGAAGAGAGUCACCAAGACCUAACUGUCAAUGUCAAAGUUGAUGACGGUUGAAAACUAAAUACUGAGAACAUCGGUUUCCGUUGUCAGUCAGCAGCCUGUUCAGUGUUGACCUCGGAUCAGAAGGACCUUCAUCUCCGACAGGUUAGUGGGGAUAAAGUGUGCUGCUGAUCUGAUGACUCUGAACCCCCUCAUCGGUUGGAUGAAGGGACUGCUCGUCUUCCUCCUCUGCCUCCCUUUCCCACUCCUGCUCCUCUGUGAAUGGUGGAUGCCGCCCGCGGCGUGGGGAGAACCCGCCCCCCGUCCAAACGUCACCAUCCUGCUGUGGCACUGGCCCUUCGGCGUGGCCCUGGACCUGGGAGGGGACGUGUGUCUGAAGCGCUACAACGUGUCGUCGUGCAGGCUCCGGUCCAACCGCGCCACCUUCGCCACGGCGGACGUGGUGGUCUUCCACAACCGGGAGCUUGUGCAAGGCCUGCAGGCCCUGCCCCUCGUCCUGCCCCGGCCGCAGGGCCAGAGAUGGGUCUGGAUGUCUCUGGAGUCCCCGCCUAACAACGGAGACCUCCGGCCCUUUGCAGACCUCUUCAACCUGACCAUGUCCUACCGGAGGGACGCGGACAUCCACAUCCCGUACGGGAAGCUGGUGCCCAGGGGACCGGGAGAUGGAGAGGAGCCAGUCCUUCACAAUAAGAGCGUCCCAGUCUGUUGGGUGGUUAGCAGCUACAGGCCGGAUCACCACAGGAGCCGGUUGUACGCUCAGCUAAGCGACAGCGUCCCCGUCACCGUGUACGGACGCUGGAACCACAAAGCCCUGUCUCCGGAGGACCUCCUGCCCACCAUCUCCCAAUGCUACUUCUACCUGGCCUUCGAGAACUCAGAGUCCAGGGACUACAUCACGGAGAAGCUGUGGAACGCCUACCAGUCGGGGGCCGUUCCGGUGGUGCUGGGCCCCCCACUGAAGGAUUACAAAGCCGUGGCCCCGCGCAGCUCCUUCAUCCACGUGGACGAGUUUGCGUCCGUUGGAGAACUGGGCAGGCGACUGCGAGAGCUGGUGAGUGAUGAGGAGAGCUACUCACAUUUUUUAGGGUGGCAGAAGGAGUGGCGGGUGAAGCAGUACACAGACUGGAGGGAGAGGCUGUGUAGUAUCUGUUCUCAACACGACAGCUUACCCAAGCACAAGAUCUACACCGACCUAGAAGCGUGGGUAAACGUUUGACCGAGGGUCGUGGCUGAAUGGAAACCACAAGAGGACCACAGUAUCCUGUUUUUCCACACAAGUAGCAUUACAGUAUUAGGUAUCCAAUAUAAACUUUUUGCAUUCAAGCUGCUGCAUACAAUUGUGAUGCAUAAAACGGAAUAUAAAGGUUCAGCCAAGGCUAUGCAUUUGUUGAUUUUUGCUUAACAUUUAGUUUAUAUACAUUGUAUGGGUAAUUGUUCACCAGAAAGAGUAAAUUUUAUGAAUUGAGAGCACAAGCAUAGCGCCUCUUUGCUAAUUCACUAUACACAGCAGUGCUGCAAUACUGUUCUGAACAUGGCAGAGUACUGACCUCAAACCACAUGAUAACGGAUUAGAUAGGGACCUCAAAACAGAAGUGGUUCCACUUGCUUUCAGAUCUAUAAGUGUUGGAACGCCCAACAAUCAUGCCCAACAUGAAAAAGACUACAUGACCUAAAACCAAUAAUUCAAAGAAAAAUAAUUUAUAUUGGAUUGAAUUACUUUUGAAAAAUGCAUUUAAUUGCUUGGCGCAGAUACAGGUGAAGUAUAGGGGACACGCACAACAGAAAACAUUGGGUGAGCUAGUUUCAAUAAAUUACCAAGUAGCAGUUAGAAUGCAGUCACUAUUGUAUGCAUAAAAUGUAUUGCAAAAAAGGAAAUGUAAAAUGAAAAGGUUUGUGAACAUAUACCACAGUAACAAUAUAUUAAAGACUUCUGGUGGCCAGUCGGUCAAAUCUUGAUUCAGUCAAUGUAGGCAGACAAACUCGUAAAAAAAAUACAAAAGCAUGUUUGCAUAAGGCACUGCUCUCACACACGCAAUAGCCCAGCUAGUAGAUGGCGAAAUUUCCUCGACAGAAUCCCAAGUUCUGUCACUUCAACUUUGAUCACUUGACACACAAUAAACUGUGCUGGGCUAAAUUAUAUUCAACCAAGCUGUAGACAAGAGUUCCUUUUAAACAUUUCCCUGUGGCCACUAUAGCGCACCCCCUUCCAGGUCUUCAUUUACAGUCCAGUAGCCAAAAGUCUUUAGCUGAUGACUGAAUGGAAAUGGCCGAUUAGGACUAGGAAUGUUAGUCAUUAGUGAAAAAUAUAUCAAGAGAAGUCAUUACAUUUUAAUUGUCAAGAACUUGUUUGUCCAAGAUACUUCAAGCAGCAUUGCAUCUGAGAACAAUAUACACUCUUUGUACCUGAAUUAAGAUCAUAAGCCAUAAUAACUAGCAUGAGUUUGAUCAGAAACACGCCCGUUUUGUGCAUAGAACAAGAAACAGACAGUGGACUUUUGGUCAAGAUAAACCCACUUUGUGCAAAAAUGUUACAUCCUCCCAAAAGGAGGAUUUUAUUAAAAUGAACCUGGUCAAAAAGGAAAUUCUAAUGCAUGUCAUAGGUUGUAACAUUAUUUUUUUUUUUUUAUCAUUCAUUACCAAUUGAAUUUCCUUGUUGGGGUGUUUUUUUCUUAUAUCAAACCAUCUUCCAGGAAAUCCUUUUCACAGCAUUUACAAAAAUAAAAACGUUUAAAAGCCGA